AUGGUCUCACAAACGCUGGUGGAGACGCCACACCAUCCUGGGCGCACUGGACGCGGCUCUGAAAGUGACAGCUCCCUCGAUGAGAUUGCGGAGCAGAAGCAGAAGCUGUUUGCGACGGCGCUGGGAAAGAAUGGAAAGGAUCUCGACAACUCUGCAUCCCCGAAGAGGUGGAAGAGUUUCUGGACCUCCUUCCGAUACCUUGCCAAUUUGACGCCCAAGGAGGUCGACGACUUUAUGGCGUCAUACGUCAUUUACAACCUUGAUUGGUCCGACGAGCAGCAAAUGACCAAGGUGUUAGGCCCUAACUAUCAGGAGAAGGUCGGCGACUGUUUGAAAUCAUACUACGGAGUGUUGAACCACCUGUGCGCCCUCGGUGACGUCGAAAAAAUGUACAUUCCCCCAUGGAUGAGUCGCAAGGCCAGUGUCCUGGAGAAUCAGAUCCUCUACGAGCGAUCAAUUGCUCAAAACAUUGGUCUCUCUGCUGGGGAUAAGGUUCUGGAUCUCGGCUGCGGUCGCGGGCGAGUAGCGGCUCACAUGGCGCAAUACUCGGGCGCCCAAGUCACCGGCCUCAACAUCGACCCCAAUCAGAUCGCCCAAGCGAAGACCUUCAACGAAGAGCGCGGCCUCCAGAACAGCUUCGUCGUCCAAGAUUUCAACAACCUCCCACUUCCGUUCGCCAACGAGAGCUUCGACGCCUUCUAUCAGAUCCAAGCCCUGAGUCUAUGCAAGGACCUCCCCGCUCUGUUCAGUGAGGUUUUCCGGGUGGUCAAGCCCGGCGCUAAGAUCUCGCUGCUGGACUGGAUCAGCCUGCCCGCUUAUGAGCCUACAAACCCCGAACAUGCCGAGCUCAUGCGUCGCGUCAAGCCGUUGAUCGGUGCCGUCGGCACCCCCACCCAGGAGAGUUUGGAGAAGGCGCUGACCGACUGCGGCUUCGAGAUCGUACUCUCCGAGAAUGCCAGUAUCGACGGCUUGCAGGCUCCCCUGAUCGACACCGUCGACCUUUACUUCCGCACCCUGCGCCAGGUCAUCCUCGCCCUCGUCAAACUGCACGUCCUGCCCCGUCACUUCAAGACCUUGAUCAACCGCCUGUGCCUGGACGGUCAAGCGUUCGUCAAGAUGGAUAACAUGCGCCUGGCCACCACAAGCUAUAGCAUCAUUGCACAGAAGCCCAGCGCAUAA